AGAAAACAAGAAAGGAGAAAACUUUCUCAGAGCUCGAUUGUUUUUGGAAAACGUCAAUCAGAUCUUUCGUUCGUCUCCUCCGCCUUCGAUUAUCCAAAGGCUCUUGUUAUUGAAAAUGGCAGAUACCGCCAAAGCCGGGUUGAAAAAGCCAGCUUUCACUAAGGUUGAUCAGCUGCGUCCUGGGACUAGUGGACACAAUGUCAAUGUGAAGAUCGUUAGCACGAAGAUGGUGUUACAGAAAGGUCGUGCUGAUGGUCCUCAGGCUCGCCAGUUGCGGAUUUCUGAAUGUAUUGUUGGAGACGAGACAGGAGUUAUCGUCUUUACUGCAAGAAAUGACCAAGUGGACCUAAUGAAAGAGGGAUCAACUGUAACUCUACGCAAUGCGAAAAUCGACAUGUAUAAAGGAUCAAUGAGGCUAGCUGUAGACAAGUGGGGUCGUGUUGAAGUCACAGAGCCUGCGAGCUUCAAAGUGAAAGAAGACACCAACAUGUCCCUUAUCGAGUAUGAGCUCGUAAAUGUUGUUGAAUGAGUCACACAAUCAUCGAAAUACCGCUAGGAGAAACGCCCUCAAUAAUAAACAAGUCAAAUCGUAACCGUUUAUGUUGGCAUCAAGAAAAGAGUUAAACCCUGAUCAGCUGAUAUCUUGCACUAAGCUAUGUAAGAGUGAUAGCUCUAAAAGUUGAAUGCAGAGCUUUUGCCUUAGGUUAUGACUUUGUGACACCUUUUGUUUUGUAAUGUCAUCAUACAUUUGUGCUACAUUGUUACUCUCUUUAUCUUUGCCUCGUUUCAAAAAUGCAUAUUCCUAUUGAAGAAACCAGAAACUGCAAG